AUGACCAAGACAAUAGGCAGCCUCGUGCUGACACGUGGGGUCCUCUUGGUAAGCCCCUUCUCCAUCCUCGCCAGCCGGCUUUCGUUCUGCGGGCAUCGCCUCAUCUCCCACUCGUACUGCGAGCACAUGGCUGUGGUGAAGCUGGUGUGUGGAGAUGCCAGAGCCAACGUUGUGUAUGGCCUAUUUGUGGCUUUCAUGGUGGCGGGCUUUGAUGUGCUCAUGAUCUCUGUGUCCUAUGCCAUGAUCCUGCGGACGGUCAUGAGGCUCCCAUCCACCGAGGCCCGUCUCAAAGCCGUCAGCACCUGCGCUUCCCACACCUGCAUCCUCUUGGCGUUCUACAUCCCCGGCCUCUUCACCUUUCUCACCCACCGAUUUGGCCACCACAUCCCGCACCACGUUCACAUCAUGGUGGCCAAUCUCUACCUCCUGGUGCCCCCAAUGCUGAACCCUAUCGUGUAUGGGGUGAGAACCAAGGAGAUCCGGGACAGGAAAAUCAACCUGCUGCUCAAACUGCUAGCUGUUCCCAUAAUCAUCAUCAUCAUCAUCAUUAUCAUCAUCAUUGGUACUGAAAUUACAAGGACGAUUAGUCUAUUCCUGAACCAGGACCUCAUGCUGUAG